AUGGAAAAAGAAAUUGUAAUUCAUGUGGAAGAUCAGCACAUUGAAUCACUACAAAGUAUUGAAGGAAGAAAAAGGAAAGGAAAAGGAAAGGCAAAAGAAUCUCCAUCAAUAAUAUUAAAGGAAAAUGCAUCACUGGAUGAUGUAAAACUUGGUUCUGUUUUUCAAGAUAAAAAUGCCAUGAUUAGAUGUUUUUGCUUAGCAGCUAUAAAGGAGCAUUUUGAGUUCUAUGUUAACAGGUCAAGUAACAUGAGAUACUCUUUGGUAUGUACUGAUGAAAAGUGUACUUGGACUGUUCGAGGUUCAAGAAUUAAGGAAUCAACACUUUUUAAAAUAGUUAAAUUUCAGAGAACACAUGAGUGCUCAGUUGAUAUUCGAAAAUCAGAUCAAAGGCAAGCAACUUCAAAUGUGAUUAGAGAUUACGUGAUUGACAACUUAAGAGACAUAGCUACUGAGGUAAAACCUAAGUUUGUCAUUUCAGAGAUGAAAAGAGCACAUGGAAUUGAUGUUGGUUAUGGAAAAGCAUGGCAUGCUAUUCAAAAGGGGUUAUCUUUGUUAAGAGGAACAACUGAACAGAAUUAUGAGCAGCUGCCAUCAUAUUUGUAUAUGAUGGAACAAAAAAAUCCAGGAUCAUAUACAAAUAUUGUGAGAGAUGAAGAAAACAGGUUUGUUUACAUGUUUUUUAUGUAUGGGGCAUCAAUUUCUGGGUGGAAGUAUUGUAGACCACUGAUUGCUGUUGAUGGAACAUUUCUAAAAAAUAAAUUUAGAGGUGUUCUAUUAGUGGCUGUUACCAAAGAUGCAAAUAACCAGAUUUUUCCUAUAGCUUUUGGAGUAGUGGAUAAAGAGAAUAAUGAAUCAUAUGAAUGGUAUUUCAGGGAAUUAAGAAAAGUAAUUGGGAUUCGUAAUGAUUUAAUGUUCUUGUCAGAUCGACACAAGGCUAUUGCAAAUGGAAUUGCAAACUUUUUCCCUGAGUGCUACCAUGGAAUUUGCAUCUAUCAUUUAGAAAAGAAUCUGAAGCAAAGAAGAGUGAGAAACACUGUGAUAAAUCUCUUUCAAAGUGCUGCAAGAGUAUACCUUCAAUCAGAAUUUGAUGAUUUCAUGUCCCAAAUAGCUGCUGUUGAUAAGAAAACUUUCAAUUAUUUGAUGGAGGAACCGCCAGGAAGGUGGGCUCGUUCACAUUGUCCCAGAAGAAGAUAUGAUAUGUUAACAACAAAUAUUGUUGAGUCAAUGAAUAAUGUUUUAAGACGUUCAAGAGAAUUGCCAAUUUUAACAAUGAUGGAUUUCAUACAAGAAAAAUUGCAAAGCUGGUUCUAUGAAAGAAGGACACUUGCAGAAGAAAUAUUCCGUGAUAUAUACAGAAGCAACAUUGGAAGCAAAAAUUCAACCAGCUUUUACAUUUAG